CUCGGCCGGGGGGCGGGAUUCCCCCCUCGCCCUUACGGUUUCCAUGCGUCACGGCGCGGGGAAAGCCCCGCCGCGCUCCGCCCCGCAGCACGGUCUCCGCUGUCGCCGCCGCUCCGAGCCCAGUCGUGCCGAUCCGCGCCACCGCGAUGAUGCCCGGCAGGACUCCGCGGAAAGCUGCGCUCCCCGCCGCUCCCGCGGGUACCGGGAGUGAAGGGACAGUGUCGGAGGUGGUGUCUGAGUGCGCCCUGCAGCUGCGCAGGAUAGGCGACAAGUGGAACCUGCGGCAGAAGAUCCUGAACCUCCUCACGAAGCUCUUCUGCCCGGAGACAUGAGCUCCCCUCGGCUAACAGCGUGCUGAGAAGCAGGGAAGGACCUUGGCUUUGUGGAUUUGGAACAAGAGACUUCACUGACGCUGGGAGAUGAAGAAGCUCUUUGUGCUGUGUUUUGCUGCCUGUAGCCACUGAAGAAUGGCUGUUGCAUCAUGAUUUCUUCGAAGAAUGUUACAGCAAUACUGACAUAUGAAUGUCAGGUAGAAAAAAAAAGAUAGCAAUGGGCAAAGCCUCUAACCAUGCAAUGGGGUACUUGGGGCAAGCUGGAACUUGCCCUUCAGGCUGGUAUACCCAGUGGCGCUCUGGUCUUUGGGUCACACAGCUAUGUUUCACCAAGGAGAUCGGAGCACCUUCGGGAAGAAGCCAGGAAAAGUUCCAGUGUCUUGGAACUUGGGAUUAUAUAUUGCAAGGCAAAAGCCAGUUGCUCUGUUUCUGACUGCUCUUGUUUUCUAAAGCAUGGAUUCUGCUGGACAGGGAUCUGGUAGUGGAAUUAUUUCGUUUAAGUAAACCACUAUCUAUCUUAAUUGAAAAGUUAUUUGUUACAGGAUGUUGCUUUGUGAACUAAAAAUUAGAAUUCUAUGAAUUUACAUGAUGUUGCAUAGUUCUAGUCUAUAUUAUAUAUAUAUUUGCAUAUCUAUUAUAUAUAAGUAUAAAUACAUGCACCCUAUCUAUCUGACAUGAGUAUUUCACAGAACUAUUAAUUGAAUGGUACUUGUUUAGGCUUAAAAAGCAAUGACAAAAAAAAGUUCAAAACAUGACAUAAAUCAACAUAAAAGUACAUUAUAUAAACCAGAAGAAAGCACAAUGUUGUGUGAUAAUAAAGGAAUACAUUACGCAUCAGAGAGGGAGUAUACUUUAGUGUAGUACUAUAUAAGACAUAUAUGAAUAUAUGUUACACUAAUACAGAUAUUAAAGUAUGUGUGGUAGAAUUGUUUCAAUAUUACAAAUAAUUUCUUGAGAACAGUACAAUACCACUGUGUCUUUAUAAGUAACUUCAUAACUCUUCAAUAGAAGUAGAUCUGAAAGUUGAAUCCAUGUUGAAUGUCAGGUUUUCUUGAGAAUGUUAUUUAUUCAAAGAAAGCAACUGCCUCUCUUUGAAGAAAUAAUAUCAACAGAAUUGAAUGUUACAGUCAAUACAGAAAAUGUAGCCUUGGAUUUCUGUAUAUUUAACUAUAUUGUCAAGUGAAGGUUCUUCUCUUAUCCUUUAUUUCCAUUUAAUUUCAUGGUAACCUCAUUUAAGUUCUGAAAUGGUGCAGCCAUUGCAGCACAUCCAGUGAAUGGUGAUGCGUUAUGCCCAGCUCACUGAGGGCUUAUUACCCUUGGGUGGCUUUGGAGGAGCUGAAUUAAGCAUGCUAAUCACCAUCAAAGUGAACAGUAGCUUUACUAGUUAUUCCACAUGAGACACAAUCCUAAACAUUUUUUCAUGGGUGUAAGCUAGCAAGAAAAUGGCUGAAGUUGGUCAUGUUUUGUAGCUACUUCUGACAUCAAUGGUCAGUUCCUUCUCUUAACUAGCUUUGUAUGUAAGUACCUUUGCAUUGUAUAAGGCUGUAUAGUUGCACUUUCUAAAUUCUGGGUCUGUUCAAGUUAGAAUUUUUCCUGCCUUGUAAAUAAUUUUUUUUUUAUGUAUUUAUAAAUUUGUUUUUUUUUUGUUAGCUCUUCUGAAUCUGUUUUUGCAAAACUGUCAUUACAUAGCUCUGGUCACUCUGUCACAACCCACUACAUAUGGCUGUUACUUGUCACUGAUUUCACUAAGAAGAUGACUGACUUAGCCUGCUUACCACAUGGAGGACUUCACCCUAUCCCAGAGUAUAGCUGGGAUCUUUACGACUGUCUUGAGCCACAUGCAUGGUUCCCUCCCCUAAGCCACCUUGUACCUUCUCAGUGAGAGCACAAUGUUUCAAGAAUAGUUGCUUUUCACCUUAGCACUGAAACGUAACAUGUUUUGCUGACAUGUACAGAAGUUGUUUUUUUUCAGGUAUUAAAAAGUAAAUGCAUAGAGUUUCUGUUUGGCUAAACACCAGCUCCCAGGCUAGCACCAUGUGCAGCUUGGCAAAGCUGUUCAUCAAAGGCAAUGCAGGGAGCUCAGCAGGAGGGCUCCUGCUCCAUGUCCUGCACUCGGUGGAAUCCCACAGCCUUCAUUAAGGACACUGAACAAUGAUUGUGCCUGCCUGGGACUCUCUGGAAAAUUCGACAUUAGCAUUCACAUUAGCAGCUGAAAUACAUUUAAUAAAGGUGUUGUGCUCAAUGUACUCUGCUUUAAAUUCAAUAGGAAAUGAGGUGCAGGCUGCAUAGAGCCUGCCCCGUUCUUCAGGCUGCUGCACACAUGAAUAUUAUGAAAAAAGUAUUGCCAUAAAUGCAUCGUCAUGGGGAUAUCUGAGUUAAGUGUUAGUGAAGUACAUUUUUCUGUCUAGAUCUGCAAAGGCUGUUUGCUUCUUUGUGUUUUUAUUUUUCUCUGAGCAUUGUCAAGAGUGCUGGCCUUCACUGGGAACUCAGGAAAAAGACCGAGAUCCAAGCUAUCAGUGCUAAUAUAUGAGCACUGAAUCUUUAGGAUUCCUUUUGUUACUUCUCCAAAGGAUCUGCUAUAGCACUGUUUUUCU